GCAAGGGUUUUCUUCAAGCAUCUACAUACAUUGGGCCGUCCUCGCUCGCGUGCAGGAGCGAAUCCUCAAAAACCGCCCCGCUCUCUGUAACAGCUCUCGCUCGAUCGGUCGAUCGAUCAGAUCGAUCCUUUCCUCCGUCACGCCUCCCCCGGUUUCUGAUCCCAUUCAUUCUGAUAAAAUUCAAUCUAAAGCCCCACCGUCUCUUUAUUAACCUCAAAUUAGAAUUGUAAAGAUUAGUAAAACUUAAAUCACUUGUCGUGCGCCCUAGUCUUCUUCUUGUUUCAGAUCAAAAGCGCGGUGCUCGACGAGACACUCUAGGGUUUAGAUUCAACUCUCUCACACGCACACAUACCUCUUUUGCAGUAUUCUUGAUAGCAGCAGCCGACCGAUCGAAGAAGACGAAUCCAUAAAUGUUCGGUUCCACGAAUCCAUUCGGGCAGUCCUCGAGUAGCCCUUUCGGCUCCCCGUCGGUGUUUGGGCAAACAAGUGGUUCAACUACUAGUCCGUUUGCUCCGAAACCAUUCGGCUCUUCAAAUCCAUUUGGUUCUCCGACAGGGAGCUCAAUGUUUGGCACAUCAACUGGAGUAUUUGGAGCGCCUUCUAGCACGCCAGCUUUUGGUGCUUCCUCAUCACCCGCUUUUGGAAGUUCAAUGCCAUCCUUUGGUGCUCCGUCAACACCUGCAUUUGGCAGUUCAUCCUCUUCCUUUGGUAGUUCAUCUGUGUUUGGGCAGAAACCAGCCUUUGGAGGAUUUGGGUCAACUCCUAGUCAAUCAAGCCCAUUUGGUAGUUCAUUCCAGCAAACACAACCAGCAUUCGGAAGCAGUCCUUUUGGUUCCACCACGUUUGGUGCUUCAAGUCAACCUGCAUUCGGUGCUGCCAGCACACCAGCUUUUGGUUCAUCAAGUACACCUGCAUUUGGUGUAGCAUCAACCCCAGCCUUUGGUGCCUCAAGUACCCCAGCCUUUGGUGCCUCAAGUACGCCAGCCUUUGGUUCUACAAGUACCCCAGCAUUUGGUGCUGCAAGUACUCCAGCAUUUGGGUCCUCAUCAACUCCAUUGUUUGGUAGCACAGGAUCUGCUUUCGGGGUUUCAAGUACUCCAGCAUUUGGUUCUACAACAUCAUCAGGGUUUGGUGCUCCUGGCACCUCCUUGUUUGGAUCUUCAAGUACUUCAGCAUUUGGCGCAACUAGUACCCCCACGUUUGGGUCUUCGAGUACCCCUGCUUUUGGUGCAUCAAGUGCUCCUUCCUUCAGUUUUGGUUCCCAACCGUCUUUUGGUCAGUCAGCUUCUACAUUUGGGAGCACGCCAUUUGGAGCAACACCAUCGCCUUUUGGUACUCAGAGUUCCUCGUUUGGUACUCAGACACCCACACCUGCUUUUGGUAGUCAAGGUUUUGGCCAAUCAGGUUUUGGCAGCCAACAAGGAAGUCGAGUAGUACCUUAUUCUGCAACACAAGAGGCUGAUGCUGGUACACAGCCUGCUGGGAAGCUGGAGUCAAUAUCGGCCAUGCCUGCAUACAAAGAUAAAAGUCAUGAGGAGUUGAGAUGGGAAGAUUAUCAACGUGGUGAUAAAGGUGGUCCCAGUCCUAGCGGACAACCAGCAAGUGCUAUUUCUUUUCCUGCUCAAGCACAAGCAAACCCAUUUGGAUCUACAGCGACAUUUGGUCAGCCUGCUGCAAACCCAUUUUCCUCUACUACGUCAUCGAACCCCUUCGCGCCUAAAACUCCAUCUUUUGGUUCAUCUGGCUUUGGUGCCUCAUCCCCAUCACCUUUUGGCUCAACAUUUGGUUCUUCAUCAUCCAGCCCUUUUGGAUCAACAUCUUCAACAACUUCAUUAUUUGGAGCUCCUAGUAGCACUCCAUUUGGUUCUAGUUCUUCACCAUCCCUUUUUGGUGGAACGACGACUUCUGCUUUUAGUUCUCCGUCACUUUUUGGUUCGACAGCUGGGUCGACUUCAACAUUUAGUUCUGGGCUGAACUUCGGCAAUACUCAAUCCUCAGGACUAUUUCAGUCCACAACUCCAUCUCUGGGGCAAACACCGUCUCCUUUUGGACAAUCAACUGGUUUUCAGCAGUCAACACCAGCUUUUGGUUCAAGUUUGUUCAGUACGCCAUCAUCUGGAUUUGGCGGAGGCCUUUUUAACAGCUCAUCUUCAGCACUUUCUACAAGCACUCCUAUGGGUUUUGGUCAGACAACUCCUUCUCUAUCAACUCCUUUCCAACCGUCUGCACCUGCUCAAACCUUUAGUAAUUUUGGGCAGACGCAGCCAGCACUAUCAGGUGGUUUUGGAGGCUCCUCAAGUAUCUUUGGUCAGGGAACAUUCGGUCAAUCCAGUGUUGCAACUCAGUCUAAUGUGGUCAUGCAACCUGCUCCUGUGACAAAUCCUUUUGGAACACUUCCAGCAAUGCCUCAUAUGUCCAUUGGUCGUGUUGGUUCUGCGCCUUCAGUUCAGUAUGGGAUUUCUAGCAUGCCUGUUUCUGAAAAGCCAGCUCCAGUCAGAAUUUCGGCCUUGCUGACUCCUAGGCAUUUGUCUCAGAGGAGAAUUAGGCUUCCAGCAAGAAAAUAUCAUCCUAAAGUUGAUGGUCAAAUGGUACCAUUCUUCAGCGAUGAUGAAUCAGCAACAGCAACACCCAAGGCAGAUGCUCUAUUUAUCCCAAGGGUGAAUCCAAGAUCAUUGAUUAUUCGUCCAAUUGAACAGUGGCCCUUAAGACCUAAUGCGUCGAAGCUACCUCAAGACUCACCAUUAAAUGGAAAUGGCAAAGUGUCAGGAGAGCCAAGUGCUCCAGUUCUAGAUGAAAUGUCUCAGAAAUAUCAUGAUGAGAGCCCUAAGCAAAAUGGCCACGCUGAGGAACAAAAUAAUGGCCAUACAUCAUCAUCACCAUCCAAGACUGCUGAGAAGGCAAACGGGGUUUCUCAGGAUAACCAUUCUGAGAAGGAGACGGAUAUGUCAUAUAUCAAAAUAUCCGGGCACAGGGCUGGUGAAGCUGCCAUUGUCUAUGAGCAUGGAGCUGGAAUUGAGGCUCUGAUGCCCAAGCUCCGCCAUGCUGACUACUACACAGAGCCACGGAUCCAAGAGCUUGCCGCCAAAGAGAGGGCAGAACCUGGGUUUUGUCGCCGAGUGAAGGACUUUGUGGUGGGAAGGCGGGGCUUCGGUAGCAUAAAGUUUUUGGGAGAAACUGAUGUGAGAAGGCUUGAUCUGGAGGCCAUUGUCCUGUUCAACCACCGAGAAGUUGUUGUGUACAAGGAUGAGAGCAAGAAACCUGCAGUUGGGCAGGGGCUGAAUAAGGCAGCUGAGGUAACUCUUCUUAACAUCAAAUGCGUGAACAAGAAGACGGGGCAGCAGUACACUGAGGGCCCCAAAGUUGAGAAGUACAAAGAAAUGCUUAUCAAGAAGGCAGAGGAGCAGGGAGCUGAGUUUGUGUCAUACGAUGCAGUGAAGGGUGAAUGGAAAUUCAGAGUGAAGCACUUCAGCAGCUACGAGUUUGGAGAUGGGGAUGAAGAUGAUAAAGCUGCCGGGGCUCCUUUUUCGUAAUAUCAAAUGAUGAUGCAGAAAUGUAGGAACUUGCAGUUUGUCUUGCAUCCAAAUGUCGCUUGUGUUUUCCCCUUUCCUUUCGGAUAUCUUUUGCUGUUCCUUCCGCUACUUGGAAGGUUAAUCAAUCACUUUUCCUUGUAAAGAGUUUGUGGGGGUGAAAUCAACUCUGCUGUAUUAAGACGGCCUUCUGUCUGGCUCUUUCUUUCUAAUUUUGUGCUGCUUGAGAAGAUUCAAUGGUUUUCUC